GUAGUAAUCUCUAGACAUAGAUCAAACUAAUCUAUAUCCAGUAGAAGUCCGCGUAUAUAUACACACUUACACACGUAUAAUAUAUUGAUUCAUUUGUUAGGAGUUAGGUUCAAACAGAACCUAAACCUUGGAGAUCAUGGAAGUGGCGCAGGUACUUCACAUGAACAAGGGCUCUGGCGAUACUAGUUAUGCCAAAAACUCAACGGUUCAGAGCAAAAUAAUCUCCAUAGCAAAGCCAGUGAUCGAGGAAGCCAUUCUGAAAUGUUUGGAGGAAAGCCUUCCGGAGAGCAUGGGAAUAGCAGACUUGGGUUGUUCGUCCGGACCAAACACAUUGAUUGUUAUGUCGGACAUAAUCCAAGCCAUACAUGCCAAAUGCUGCAGCCUUGGCCGCUCUUCACCGGAGCUCACACUCUUCUUAAACGACCUUUUCAACAACGACUUCAAUAACAUUUUCGCGUCGUUGCCAGCAUUCUACAACAGAAUAAGGGAAGACAGCAGUAUCCGAUUUAAUAGAUCGUGCUUUAUCUCCGGUGUGCCGGGGUCUUUUUACGGUAGAUUGUUCGCAAGGAACAGCUUGCAUUUCGUGCAUUCUUCUUCCAGUCUCCACUGGCUUUCUCAGGUUCCCCCAGGCCUGGAAAGCAACGCCAGAACGGUGUUAAACAAGGGAAAAAUUUACAUAUCAAAAAGCAGUCCACAGUGUGUGUUGGAUGCAUACUCAAAGCAAUUUCAAGAGGAUUUUUUUCUGUUUCUGAGGUCUCGCUCCGAAGAAAUAGUAGUCGGAGGACGCAUGGUCUUGUCCUUCAUGGGCAGAAACUCCUCCGACCCCACCACAGAAGAUAGCUGCUAUCAAUGGGAGCUCCUAGCCCUUGCCUUGAUGACCUUGGCUUCCGAGAGUCUAAUAAAAGAAGAAAAUGUUGACAACUUUAACGCGCCGUAUUAUGCUCCGUGCCCGGAAGAAUUGAAGUUGGAGGUAGAAAAGGAAGGGUCUUUCAUUGUGGAAAGAUUGGAAGCUCUCCCAAUAGAUUGGGAUGGUGGUUCUACUGAAGAAUAUUGCGUAUAUGACACACUUGAAGCACUAUAUAAAGCAAGAGGACAGCGAGUGGCGAAGUCAAUAAGAGCCGUGGUUGAGUCAAUGUUGGAAGCCCAUUUCGGUAAAGAAAUAAUGGACGAUUUGUUUCGGAGAUACCAAGACUUGGUGAGCAAUUACUUCGCAACAUCUUCUACCAAGUAUAUAAAUUUGGUCAUUUCCCUAAUGAAAAGGGAGUAAUUUGUUCAGUUGAGUUUAGUAUGCGUAUAUAUAAGUCGUUUUAAUGGUUGCUCCUGAUAAUAUAUUUAUUCAUCAGUGAAUAUUAUUAUUUUAACCGUAUGAUAUAGAUCCGACAUGUAUAAAACUAAUACCUGCCUAGUG